UACUCUUAAAGAUAAGAUCUCACAAGAUAACUACAAAUAUGCCCAGAAAGUAUGGAAGGAAUUCAGAUGUAAAAAUCUAUGUGAAUACCAUGAUCUCUAUCUUAAAAUUGACAUACUUAGUCUAGCAGAUGAUGGAAUACUUAAGAUGUCAGGAGUUAGGAUUGAACUUUUCACAGAUAUGACUAUGCAUGAUUUUACUGAAAAAGCUAAGCGAAGUG